AUGUCGCUCAGCCCCAAGCACACGACGCCCUUCUCCGUCUCCGACAUCCUCAGCCCCAUGGACGAGACCUACAAGAAGUUCGGCGCCAUGGACGGCAGCCUGGGCAACCCCCUGGGCGUGGGCGCCGCCGCCUACCGGCAGCCCCAGAGCGCAGCCCUGCCUCCGCCGCCGCAGCAGCACCCCAUGGGCGCCCACAACGCCGCCGCCGCCUACCACUCCAUGGCGCACGCCGGCGUCUCGCAGUUCGCCCACGGCCCCGUGGCCGGCUACUGCAACGGCGGACUGGGCAACGUGGGCGACCUGGCACCUUAUCCAGACAGCGUGCGCGGAAGCGCAGCCGCCUCGGGCUGGUACGGAGCCAACGCGGAUCCCCGCUACCCCACGAGUAAGCGGGGAGGGGCUAGAAGGGAAUAGGGCUGGUGGGACUGGUGGGGCUGGGUACUCAGACUGCAUUUUCUCCUCCAGCGCCGCACCCCAAAUCUGGACGCCCUUACCCCUAAAUUUGGGGAGCUAAUUGGAAUUCCGCAGUGGGGAGGGGGAAAAUACUUUGGACGUGCUCAGGGACACUCUUGACAUCUCAGGGCGCAUAAGAGUCCCAGCUCUUUGGGACUCAGUCGCCUUAAGCGCUUAAUAAAGCUGAGCUCUCCAUACUUGGUGAGGGUGACGCUUUCGGCCCCAGGUCCCUUUCCCCGAGACUGCCCUCUACUCUAACCGCCUCCUAACUCUCCCGUGUGUGUGUGCUCAGUUUCCAGGCUAAUGGGCCCGUCGGGGGGCAUGAACAUGGCCGGCAUGGGGGCUCUGUCGGGCAUCGCAGAGGCUGCCAAGUCCCUGGCGCCCGGGCUGCACGCUGCGCCGCGGAGGAAGCGCCGGGUGCUCUUCUCGCAGGCGCAGGUGUACGAGCUGGAGCGGCGCUUCAAGCAGCAGAAGUACCUGUCGGCGCCCGAGAGGGAGCACCUGGCCAGCCUGAUCCACCUCACGCCCACGCAGGUCAAGAUCUGGUUCCAGAACCACCGCUACAAGAUGAAGAGGCAAGCCAAGGACAAGGCCGCGCAGCAGCUCCAGCACCAGCCGCAGACGCAGACGCCUCCCGAGGGGCCCGGCCUGUGCCAGCAGCAGCCGCAGCCGCAGCAGCCGCAGCAGCAAGCCCAAGCGGCGUCUCCCAGGCGCGUGGCCGUGCCGGUUCUGGUCAAGGACGGCAAGCCCUGCCCGCACAGCGCCGCCGCCGCCGCCGGUCAGUCUGCCGGACAAGCUCCCAGCGCCAGCGGGGCCGGGGGCAGCGCUGCCCAGCACCCCCAGCAGCAGCAGCAGCAAGUGACCUCCCUGGGCCAGGCGCCGGACCUAGAAGAGAUGUCCCCCAGCCCGCCUUCGCUGCACAGCCAAGUGGGCGCCCUGGCGCAGAUGGACGCGGCGGCCGUCGAGUAUAACGGCGGCCUGGUCAACGCCAGCUUGCUCUAUGGCCGGACAUGGUAA